GCGUGCCGGUGCGCGAGCACACGUUGCCAUAGUGACGGAGCCGCUCUUUGGGCCUCGCGGCUUUUUGAGGCGGAAGAUCCAUGUCUCCUCGUUAUCGGCAGCGGGUAAGCCGACUGGGCAGUCGCAUUCGUUGUGUGCGACGAUGUUAACUGCUAGCCUGCUUCCUCAACGACAUGGCUCUCAGUAGUAAACAACCCGGAGUACGAGUGCCCUUGAACUAGAGACGUCACCUCCAGUUCACGAAAAUUAGCUUAACUGCGGCCUGAGGCUUCUGCCAAACAGAGCUCGUUUCUUCAGAACCUCUGAGGCCAAAAUCAAAUGCCCCUUCUUGCUGUAUGUUUGAAUGAACCACACUGAGGCUUUCUUGGAAACGCUGAAUGGCUCAGUUGCAGCUGACUGCGUAUUCACCUAUGGAUCCAACAGCAUGCAAUCCAGGUCUUCCUGGAACAAGCCAGGAAAGAUGUCAUUCCGAAGCUCUCAAAGAACAGUCCCAAUUGGAACAUCUGAGGACUAACAUCCAACAACAGCUCCUGUGCAGUAAAGAUAAGAAGCAGGUAGAUCUUCAUAUCCAAAAAGGGCACAAGUCAUCUUGUUCUCAGCCUGCAGAACGUACUCGGCUGAUCUUAGAGAAAGCAGGCUUCUAUUCUGCUGGCCCUUGCAACUGGUAUUUCAAGGGACAGGCUGGCACAUUGCCCUCUCAUUGGAGAACCAAGCGGAGAGAAGGUGUGGACAGGGCAUAUCCACUUAAACCAGUCUUUCACCAUGAAGCAGGGAAUGCUAAUCUUCCCAGUUCUUCAGCUAGAGAGACUCCUUCUAGUGGUACUAGCUCAGAGAAAAAAGGAAGACUGAAUACAGUUAAAGUUCAGCAUGGUAGAAUGCGAGCCCCUUCUGUUGAAGAAUCUAAGAAAACAGCUUCUCAUCCACAAUGGGCAGAGUCGGGUUACAUUCAAAAGCUGGAGGCUGCUGGACGGAGCUUGGAGGAAGAGAUCCAGCGCAAGGAGGCCAUUCUCAGGGAAAAGCUGAGGAGAACAGAAGACGAGCUUCGAAGAAUUCAGUGGGAAAGGCAGCAGGCUGAAGCAGAAGCAAGAAGGGAGCGAGGAGCUCUAUGGGUUCCUGAGAGGAAAGCAGCAGGCAUGGCACAGGGUAGUUUUUCAAGAUUUACAACCCAGCCACGUACCUGUCAGAAGGCAUAUGUUUCAGAGAGCUCCAUGGUCUCAGUGGGAACUGUUCGGCUUUCCCAGCCACAGCAUAUAGAAAAGCUAAAAAAACAAAGGUUGGUGGCCAGCAACAGUAAAAUUCGAGAACAUACACCCAACUGUAGCCCAGAACUGACUCCUGUGCAUGACCUAGCUAUUUCAGUUGCAACUCCUUUAGGGCAGAUUAGCCAUUUGGCAGCAGAGCCAUUACAUACGGAGGCUCCAAGCAAUGUGGAGGAGUGGGGAGAGUGCAGGAUCUGUGGGCGGAGACUUUAUCGCUCCAGACUAGAGAAGCAUGUUAGCAUAUGCAGCAAGAAUCACAGCUCCAAGAGAAAGGUGUUUGAUUCGAGCAAAGCUAGAGCAAAAGGCACUGAACUGGAAACUUAUCAUCUCUUAAAGGGCUCAGAUAUUUCCCAGAAAAAAGCUUCCAACCAGUGUUCUGAUGCUUCCAAGAAAAUUGGUGAUAUAUCUAAACAAAGCAACUGGCGACAGAAGCAUGAAUCUUUCAUUAAGACCUUGCGCAGGGCUCGUGAAGUCCAGCGAGUAAUCUCCAAAGGAGGGAAGGCCUCAGAUCUUCCCCCAAUACCUGCCAUGGAAAACCCAGACUACAAACUGUGCCCUUAUUGCACCCGUCAGUUUGCACCUAAGGUGGCUGAGAGACACAUUCCCAAGUGCAAGAACAUUAAGAACAGACCCCCACCACCACAGCAAAAGAAACAAUGCUAGUAAUGAACCAAAGAGACUUUUGGUACUGCCACAGUUGUAUUGAGGCCCACUGUUGUUCCCCUCAGUUUGACAGUACAGAAAACUGAAAGUGUUCCCAGUAUUGUUCUUUUAAAAAUACUAAACUAUAAAGUUAAAAAAUAUGAACCAUGAAUAGA